AUUUCUGUAGCAUGUACUUGCGUGGAGUGAGCGUUAUGUUUUUAGUGCAUCCAUUCUGGGACUAAUUGGCUAUUUUACUAUUUACAGGGUGGGUUGAGGUCGAAGAUUGAUGAGUGGAGACGAGCAACGCUUACCAAACCCGUGUACUGUUAGUCUUGUUAAAUAUAAAAAAAAUAGUUGUCAUUGACUCAAGUCUUUUAUUUUCUCCAUACACAGUCCGUGUUUGCAGUGUGUGUAUCUAGUUCACGCUAGAUAGCUAGUACCUAACGUCGAGUCUUCCCUCAUCCCCUAGCCAAAUUUACGGACCUAAAUUCUGUCAUAUUGGAGCAGGGCUGGGCAGCUAGCCUAGCCAUCAAUUGAAUCUGGAGCAGGAUACAGAGGAUAGUAUGGCCAUGACGGGAGGGACUGCAGCUGCCCUUCCCAUGAGCAACCAUACCCGGGAGAGGGUGACCGUGGCAAAGCUGACACUGGAGAACUUCUACAGCACUCUGCUGACACAACACGAGGAGCGAGAGACAAGGCAGAAGAAGCUGGAGAAAGUCAUGGAUGACGAAGGCUUGAUAGAUGAAGAGAAGGUCAUGCGACGCUCCCAGCACGCCAGGAAGGAGACAGAGUUCCUGCGGCUGAAGAGGACCCGGCUGGGCCUGGACGACUUUGAGUCACUAAAGGUCAUUGGUCGAGGCGCCUUUGGAGAGGUCCGCUUGGUGCAGAAAAAAGACACCGGGCACAUAUAUGCCAUGAAGAUCUUGAGGAAAGCUGACAUGUUAGAGAAGGAGCAGGUGGCUCAUAUUCGGGCAGAGAGGGACAUCUUGGUGGAGGCGGACGGGGCCUGGGUGGUUAAGAUGUUCUACAGUUUCCAGGAUAAGAGGAACCUCUACCUCAUCAUGGAGUUUCUACCUGGAGGUGACAUGAUGACCCUGCUGAUGAAAAAGGACACCCUGUCUGAAGAGGCUACCCAGUUCUACAUAGCUGAGACUGUCCUGGCCAUUGACUCUAUCCACCAGCUGGGCUUCAUCCACAGAGACAUCAAACCUGAUAACCUGCUUCUGGACUCCAGGGGCCAUGUAAAGCUGUCUGAUUUUGGUCUGUGUACGGGACUGAAGAAGGCCCACCGCACAGAGUUCUACAGGAACCUCACACACAACCCUCCCAGUGACUUCUCUUUCCAAAACAUGAACUCAAAGAGAAAAGCAGAGACGUGGAAGAAGAACCGGAGGCAACUGGCCUACUCCACAGUGGGAACACCGGACUACAUUGCCCCAGAGGUGUUCCUGCAGACGGGAUACAACAAGCUCUGUGACUGGUGGUCUCUGGGGGUCAUCAUGUAUGAGAUGCUGAUAGGGUACCCCCCGUUCUGUUCUGAAACACCCCAGGAGACGUAUAGGAAGGUGAUGAACUGGAAGGAGACCUUGGUCUUCCCCCCUGAGGUGCCCAUCUCAGAGCGGGCCAAGGACUUGAUUCUCAGGUACUGUAAUGAUGCUGAGAACCGUGUUGGUGCUGUGAGUGUUGAGGAGAUGAAGAGUCACGCCUUUUUUGAGCCUGUGGACUGGGAACACAUCAGGGAAAGACCAGCCGCUAUCUCCAUUGAGAUCAAGAGCAUCGAUGACACAUCGAACUUUGAUGAGUUCCCAGAAUCGGACAUCCUUCAGCCAGUUUCCAAUGUGACGGAGCCAGACAAAUCCAAGGACUGGGUGUUCCUGAACUACACCUACAAGAGGUUUGAGGGGCUGACUCAGCGAGGCACCAUUCCCACAUACAUGAAGGCAGGGAAGGCCUGAGAUGAGGGCAUGAGGGAAAUGGGAGAGACAAUGUAGACACAGGGUUGGGCGGUAAACCCCUGCUGUGCUGAAAGCACAGGAUCAAGAAUAAUGAUGAGGAGGUUCUUGGCUACAUGCUUCACCAGGGUUUUCCUGCUUGGCCGCAUCCAUUGGGGCACCAACGGCAAGAGGAACAGGGAUAUAAAUAAUACAUGUAUCAUAUUUUGUCUUAGGCCUUGCUUGGGCUGUUAAAGGGGAAGUUUGUGUUUUACAACUUGAUGUUAGAUGGUUCCUCAACCUGAAAAAACUGAACUUCCCCUUUUGAAGUGACUACUACUAGGUGACUAAAUCAACGGGCGGUUCUUCUGCCCAGGUGUUGCUGAAUUAUGCCCGAUCUUACAACACCUGGAUAGGUAUUUUACCUAUCGGCUAACCACAUGUUAUAGCAAUCUGGUGUCCGACGGCAUAGUCGAUGACGAGGUACGCAACCAUUGGUUGAUGCAACGUCUGAGCAGGGGAACGCGACCAUCAUAUCUGCAUGUUUACACACUGAUUUGCAGGGUCUAAAACGCUGGAGAAGGACUGCCCCCCACACAGGGUAUUCUUUGGGGGUUAUCCUAGUAACCUCAUGUAUGACUGCAGAAAAAUGCAUGUAGUUAAUGUUAAGUGAAAGUGGUUUGCUAAACUUGUAGGUAUAAAAAGUUCUAACGUUUCAAGUCUUUUAUGGGUGCCAUGUUAGCCAAAAAGUUUCAUUCUAGUUACAAUGCAAAUAGUAAUCCUUCCGUCAUGGAACGUUCGCAGCUAACAUGGAUUAUGGUGAGCAGUCCGUACAUGUAUCUAUGGCUAUGGGAUUAAUCCAUUGUGGUGUCUAUUUAAUGCCUUGAUAAUCUGGAAUUUAAUAGCUCUAAAUUAUUUAAUGGUGUCAAAGAUGCAUAUAAAAGUGUUGCAUUCUAGUGGUUGAGAUAAGAAACGGUAAUGUAGAAGCAGAUUUGUUUUUGCAAGUUAGAGGACAAGUCAUGGAUGUCAAUGAAAAUUCAAUGCUACUAAUACUAAAAAGUAGCAAUAUGCAGAAAGUAAACAGUAUAUUGGGUCAAUUUCUGCAACAACUAAGCGCGUUGAAGCUUGAUGCUUAACUUUUUUGGUCCAGUGGCUACCACGCUGUAUACGGUGUGAAGCGAACCCGUGCACAUGCGCAGAUGCUAUGUGUGACUGCGGGAGAGCAACGUCUUGCAUCUCGCUCAUCUCUGUAUCUGCGGUGCUGCUCGUGGCAAUGUCAUUUCGCUGAGUGUAACUUUACAUUAGUUACAUUUCUGUUCAAAUUUAUUGACAAAGAUAUCAGAUGGCACAUUUUUUUUUUUAAAGAACAUUGGAAAUCAUGUUUGAUACCCCCAAAAUGGUUCCAUUUAAGUUAGGAACUACAUUUUCAAUUAAAUGUACUUUUUUAUAGUAAACAUUUACUAAACUUUAGUGAACACCCGCUGUGGGUGAUGUCAUAAAAAUAGAUAUUCAAACGUAAGGGUCAAACAUUUCAGUGAUUCUGAUUUAGUUGUGCACCUCAGCAACUUGCAUAUCCAAUAAUCUAAACUCGUGUAAUGUUGCACUUGCUACAUCCCCCUUGGCGUUUUUCCUAUUUUGUUGCAUUACAACCUGUAAUUUAAAUGUUUUUUUUAUUUUGAUUUCAUGCAGUGGACAUACACAAAAUAGUCCAAAUUGGUGAAGUGAAAUUUAAAAAAUAACUUGUUAAAAAAAAAAAAAUUCAACCGUCAACGUGGCUCGUGCAUAUGUAUUCACCCCCUUUGCUAUGAAGCCCCUGAAUAAGAUCUGGUGCAACCAAUUACCUUCAGAAAUAACAUAAUUAGUUUGAUUGCAAACAGGUGGACUUUAUUUAAGUGUCACAUAAUGUCAGUAUAUAGACACCUGUUCGGAUAGGCCACUGAGUCUGCAACACCACUAAGCAAGCGGCACCAUGAAGACCAAGGAGCGCACCAAACAGGUCAGGGACAAAGUUGUGGAGAAGUACAGAUCAGGGUUGGGUUAUUUAAAAAAAUCAGAAACUUUGAACAUCCCACGGAGCACCAUUAAAUCCAUUAUUAAAAAAUGGAAAGAAUAUGGCACCACAACAAACCUGCCAAGAAAGGGCUGCCCACCAAAACUCACGGACCAGGCAAGGAGGGCAUUAAUCGGAGUUAAUCGGUGUUUGCCAAAAGGCAUGUGGGAGACUCCCCAAACAUAUGGAAGAAGGUACUCUGGUCAGAUGAGACUAAAAUUGAGCUUUUUGGCCAUCAAGGAAAAAUACCUCCCAUCACCCCAAGGACACCAUCCCCAUGGUAGAGGCAGCAUCCUGCUGUGGGGAUGUUUUUCAUCGGCAGGGACGAUGGUGCUAAAUACAGGGAAAUUCUUGAGGAAAACCUGUUUCAGUUUUCCAGAGAUUUGAGAUUGGGACGGAGGUUCACCUUCCAGCAGGUCAAUGACCCUAAGCAUGCUGCUAAAGCAACACUCGAGUGGUUUAAGGGGAAACAUUUCAAAUGUCUUGGAAUGGCCUAGUCAAAGCCCAGACCUCAAUCCAAUUGAGAAUCUGUGGUAUGACUUAAAGAUUGCUGUACACCUAUCCAACUUGAAGGAGCUGGAGCAGUUUUGCCUUGAAGAAUGGAUAUAAAUCCCAGUGGCUAGAUGUGCCAAGCUUAUAGAGAGACCCCAAGGGACUUGCAGCUGUAAUUGCUGCAAAAGGUGGCUCUACAAAGUAUUGGCUUUGGAGGGGUGAAUAGGUAUGCACGCUCAAGUUUUUUGUGUGUGUCUUAUUUCUUGUUUGUUUCACACACACAAAUAUUUUGCAUCUUCAAAGUGGUAGGCAUGUUGUGUAAAUCAAAUUUAUACAAACUCCAGGUUGUAAGGCAACAAAAUGGGGUAAAUACUUUCCCAAGCCACUGUAUUUGGCACCGGUCAAUGUUCAGAUGCAAUGUGAUCUGGAGCAGGUGUAAAUUCAAUGUAUCAAAUUAUUUAUUUUGACCAUGAACAAAUUGAUAAACCCCCAACUGUUUGCUGAAAUAAACACCCAAACACAACACAAAUUAGGGUGCAUCAUGUGUUAUUGAGGAAUUAGUGUUGAUAACUAAAACGAAAUGCCUAAAAUAUAACAAUGCUAGAAGAUACCCGUAGACUUCCAGUCAUUGUGCUAAUGCUAGUUAGCAUUGAAGCAGAUAAAGGGCCUCAUUGCCAAAAUCCCGAAGUAUCCCUUUAACUUGUAAAUGAUUCAAGAAUGGAAAUAAAAAUAAAUAGUUUACAUAGAGAAGAAGAGUUAAGGUAACUUAUAAAAAGUAGUUUAACUCAAAUUCAUUAUUUGUUCAUUCUUAACUUCAUUUGUCUUUCACCGGAACAUGUUACAAAUAUAUUAAAGGGAUAGUUCACCCAAAUUACACAUUGGUUACCUUACCCUUUAAGCAGUCUAUGCUUUGGUUUUAAUUUCCCUGGCACUGUUACCAAAUGUUAAUGUUUUAGCAUUUGUGGCACAAAUAACUGUAAUUUGGGUGAACUAUCCCUUUUAAUAUAACUGGUUGGCACUGGGCGGGAACAGGUACGGUUUGUGUAUGUGUGGUAGGUGAUUUGCACCAAACGAUGUGAUAGAUUUCCAUCCAAUUGGUGACAGAUUUUCAUGUGAAUAUUCUCCAAUCAGCAUUAAAACAAUAUGUGCAUUUUCCCACCAGAAAGGUUUCCAUCAAAUUGACUUGUUGUGGAUAAAAGACUGUGCGUGAUGACACAGUGCACAUACAAAAACUUGUGCGGUUAAAUUCCUAUGUACCGAAUAAAAAAUACAUGUUA